UGAAGAUCAUUUAAACGCAUUUCGACCUUCACCGAGUCAUCGAUUCGUUACAACAAACGGAUCAAAACUAGAAAGCUUCCACGAAAUAUAAUUUUAUACACUAUUUUUCUCAGGUUCAAGUGAAUUAUAAUCAAGCGGGGGACAGAUAUGUCGUUUGAUCUCCUGUUGAAACCGUCUUGCGGCGGGUGUGGAUCCACCACAGAUUUGUACGGAAGCAGUUGCAAACACAUGACCUUGUGUUUGACAUGCGGCAAAACCAUGGCGGAGAACCGCGCAAAGUGCUAUGACUGCGGCGUCAACGUUACUCGCUUGAUUAGGGAGUAUAAUGUUCGGGCGAAUCCAAGCAGUGACAAGAACUUCUUUAUCGGUAGAUUUGCAACUGGUUUGCCAAACUUUUCGAAGAAGAAGAGUGCGGAGAACAAAUGGAGUCUCGUUAAAGAAGGACUGCAAGGACGCCAACUAACCGAAGUCUUACGGGAGAAGUAUAAAAAUAAGCCUUGGCUCUUGGAGGAUGAAACAGGCCAGUUUCAAUACCACGGUCACGUUGAAGGUGCACAGUCAGCAACUUACUACCUGCUAAUGAUGCAAGGAAAGGAGUUUGUUGCUAGUCCUGCUGGUUGUUGGUAUAACUUUAACAAGGUUGCACAAUAUAAACAACUUACCCUUGAGGAGGCAGAAGAGAAAAUGAGGAAUAGGAGGAAGACUGCAGAUGGAUACCAGAGGUGGAUGAUGAAAGCUGCAAAUAAUGGACCCGCUGCAUUUGGUGAAGUAGAGAAGUUUGAUGACAAGGAGAGUGGCGCAGCUGGUGGUAGGGGCCGAAAAAAAUCAAGUGGCGAUGAAGAAGAAGGCAAUGUCUCUGAGAAAGGGGAGGAAGAUGAAGAGGAGGAGGCUGCAAGGAAGAACAGGCUUGGACUCAACAAAAGAGCCGGUGAUGAUGAUGAAGAAGGUCCGAGGGGAGGUGAUCACGAUUUGGAUGAUGAUGAUAUUGAGAAGGGUGAUGAUUGGGAGCAUGAAGAAAUUUUUACUGAUGAUGAUGAAGCUGUUGGUAAUGAUCCUGAGGAGCGGGAAGAUCUCGCCCCUGAAGUUCCUGCACCUCCAGAGAUCAAGGAGGACGACGACGACGAGAAUGAAGAGGAAGAGGGAGGACUUAGUAAAUCUGGAAAAGAGUUGAAGAAGUUGCUUGGCCGAGCUAACGGACUGAAUGAUUCAGACGCAGAGGAUGACGAUGAUGAUGAAGACAUGGAUGAUGAUGUGAGCUUUUCUCCUGUUCUGGCUCCGAAGCAGAAGGAUCAACCUAAAGAAGAACCAGCUGAUAGCACUCCUCCUAAACCAGUGCCGUCAGGAUCAUCUCGAGGAACUCCAUCUUCCAAGUCAGCAAAGUCAAAGAGAAAAUUAGAUGGUGAUGUCGCUAAGGCGUCCAAUGGUGCUCCUCCGAAGAAGGUGAAGACAGAAAAUGAGUUAAAAUCUUCUGUAAAAGAAGAAACUGUACCUUCUUCUAAAUCUGGUGCGCAUGCGAAAGGUUCUUCGAAAACCUCGUCAACAUCUCCGAUGGCAUCGUCACCCACUGGACUUGUGACUGAAGAAGAAAUCAGGGCUGUGCUGUCACAAAAGACACCUGUAACCACACAGGAUCUUGUUGCUAAAUUUAGAGCCAGACUGAAAACCCCUGAGGACAAGAAAGCUUUUGCAGAUAUUUUGAGGAGGAUUUCUAAGAUACAAAAGACUCCUGGACCAAACAACUAUGUCGUGUUGAGAAACAAAUGAUGAUGAAACUCCUUGAAAAUUCUUGCCCUUUUUCUUACCAAGCUUGUGAGAACUAAUGGAAUUCACACAAGGUUGGUACCUUGCUUGGUGCUGAGGUAUCUGUUCUCGGAUCUCUCUGGAUAAAUUUGUAGUGGAUUCUGUGAUAAUCUAGUGUUUAAACUCGACAUCCGCAUCUAAAAGCAAUAUAAGUCAGUAUCACAAGUGAUCAUAAAAUCUUUCUUGUAAUUAAGGUUCUGUUGGUGGAAUUUUCUUUCUUUAAGUGUUUACAAUGUUGAAGGAAGGUGUGGUGGGUAUUGAUUUUUAAGAGUAAUCAACGGCCAUUGCAGCUUUGAACUUUUACCUGGUA